AUGUCGCGCAGACUAUAUCUCUUCCUCGUCCUGGUCAGGCUGUACUUCGCGCUGUCGCGCAGCUACAUCCACCCAGAUGAGCACUUCCAGGGUCCCGAGAUAAUUGCUGGUGAAAUCUUCGGCUGGCCUGUCUACAAGACCUGGGAGUUUACCUCCGAGCAUCCUAUCCGCAGCAUAUUUCCGUUACGCCUCAUCUACGCACCGUCUCUCAUCAUCUUCAAAUGGCUAUGUCAUGGUAUGGGCUACGAAGCUACGCCGAUGGCUGCCUUCUACGUGUUGAGGGGAUUCAUGUUCUUGUUAAGCUUCGUACUUGAGGACUGGGCCUUACAUGAAUUACUGCCAGAUAAGCAGGAACGUGCCAGUGCUUUGCUUCUGGUGGCCUCAUCAUACGUCACCUGGACAUUCCAGAUGCAUACUUUCUCCAACAGCAUCGAGACGAUUAUUGUGCUAUGGUGCUUAGUCCUUAUGCGCCGCAUGCAGCAUGAUCCGGAGCACACACAGGUCACACUGUGCAUCGCGCUGGCAUUCCUUGGAGUCCUGGGAGUCUUCAAUCGCAUCACAUUCCCAGCGUUCCUCGUUGUAGCAGGUGUUCAGCUUCUACCACACCUAUGGGCGAAGCCACUACGCAUACCAAUUCUACUAGGUGUAGCCGCAUCCACGACAGUCAUAGCUUUGGCUCUUGACACCGAGUACUAUCAUGGCCACCAGUUACGUUUCUGGCAAUUAUUCAGUACUGCAGUGUUCACACCAGUGAACAAUCUGACCUACAACCUGGAUCCAGCGAACCUCGCCCAGCACGGCAUUCAUCCAUACUGGCAGCACUUUGUUGCGAACCUUCCACAACUGUUGGGUCCACUCUUCCCACUGGUAUUUGCUCCAGGCCCCCGGAACACUCUAUUCUGGUCGGGCAUAUCCGGUACGGCACUGCUAUCCUGCUUCAAGCAUCAAGAACCACGUUUCCUACUCCCAGCAGUUCCGCUCCUCCUCUCAUCCAUCCAGCUACCGAAACGCUUUGCUAAGAUCUGGAUAGCCACAUGGAUCGGCUUUAAUGUACUAGCGGUCAUCAUAUUCGGUCGCUACCACCAAGCAGGCGUCGUACCAGUACAAGCAUGGCUGGCACAACAGGAGAAUGUAUCCGAAGUCUUCUGGUGGAAAACAUACAGCCCACCUCGCUGGAUUUCCGGAGAAGCAAACAACCACCUGAACACCACAGAUCUGAUGGGCAUGGACGGCGACGAGAUGUUCAAGCUCACCCAACACACAGCCGAGUGUCGUAGUCGGAAGCUCAACUUGCUGGUUGCGCCCUCGAGCGCGAGCUACCUGGAUCAGUAUAAGCAUCGUUCUGGCUUAGUAACUUACCCGGAGUCAGCGGUGCCAUUGGAUCUUCUGUAUCAUUAUUCGCGACAUAUCGGACUGGAUGAUCUGGAUUGGAGUGAGGAUGGCGUGUGGGGGACUUUGUAUAAAGUGAUCGGGAGGAGAGGGUUGGAUGUUUGGGAUGUUUCCUUGCGAUGUUAA